ACCUUUUCCCAAGUCUUGCAUUUAGGUUCCUGUCAGGCACACAAACCAUACACCAUAGACUUCUGCAUCAACCGACCAAACAAGGAGAUCCAGAUAUCAUAUACAGAAAUCAGACACAAUGAACAGAUUCAUCGGCAAGGUCGUCGACAAGUUCGGUGGUGAUGAUGAUGACGACAAGAAGCAGCAGAGCCAGGGCGGGCAGUUCUCAGGCCAACAAUACACGGGCGGACAUCAACAACAGCAGCAAUACUCUGGCGGCGGUGACUUCGCACACGGCGGCGCCUACCCUGCUGGCGGCGGCUAUGCCUACGAGGAGGAUGAUGACUUCCGCGGCGCGGCCAACCACGCGGCCAACCACGCCGAUGAGGACGAGAGCUUCUUCUCGAACAUUUUGAACAGCCUCAGCUCCAAGAAGCAGCAGGUUGCUGAGGAGGAUAUUGAUGAGGAUGAAGCAGUCCGCGCCCACAAAACCUUCUACUCCUCCUCCGCCUUCUCGCCCAGCUCCGAGACGCCCGAGGCGACCUCAAGCGGCAUGGGCAGCGCCGCGGCCCUGCAGGCGCUCAAGCUGUUCACCAGCGGCUCCUUCUCGUCGUCGCAGUCGCAGUCGCAGAGCGCCUUCAUUGGCCUGGCCAUGUCGCAGGCCUCCAAGCUGUUCGACCAGCAGGCGUCGGCCGGCAAGGUGUCGGAGAGCACGGACAAGCAGAGCGUGGUGAUGAAGGCGGGCGAGAUGGCGCUCAAGAUGUACCUCAAGAGCCAGGGCGCCGGCGGCAGCCAGACGUCGUCGCACACGCAGACGCAGGAGAGCUCGAGCGGGUUGGGCGGUCUGUUGAACAUUGCUGGCAAGUACUUGAAGUGAGCGAGCGAGUUCGGGAAGUCUCUCUUGAGGGAAAAAGGCCGGGUGGUCUAUGAGCGAAGGAGCUAAGGUGUAAGGAAAUGAUUUCAUGAAGAAAACGGAGAUGAUGAAGUGAUGAAUACGACUAUUUACAGUUUCGAACAUCAGGGUA